UUCCGCUAUCGCCCGUUUCACGCUCAACCAAAACCUCCUUCACCACAACACUCCAGUACACAAUGUCUGAGGAGCAAAACGACCUGGCCUCCAAAUACGUCCUCAAGACUGUCGGCUUCGAUGCCCGUUUCCCUAACCAGAAUCAAACCAGACAUUGCUUCCAAAGUUACUGCGACUACUUCAAGUGCAUCACCGCCAAGGGAGAAGAUUACGCUCCUUGCAAGCAGUUCAAGAGAACGUACCACUCACUUUGCCCCAAUGAAUGGAUUUCAAAGUGGGAUGAGCAGCGUGAAAAUGGGAACUUCCCAGCUGUGUUGGAUCCUUGAACAUCUCGCUGUAUAGGACGUUUGUAGUGUUUUUUAAAGUCAAUAAGCUUGAAUUUAGAACAUGACUAUUCACAAGUCUCAA